AUGUCCGAACGAGGCGAAGACGACAGCGACGACAAUAACAAUAACAAUAACGUCAUCAGUUUACUUUCCCAAGAAAAUAAUACCAUCUUGUUUUGCCUCAAGAUUCUCAUCAAUUCCCUUGUAAUUUUCCCGGUAAACAAACAUAUCUUUCUUUCCAUUUUUACCCUCACCAACCUCCCCCUCUCGUUUCUCCUCUUCUCCUUUUCCCUCUCCGCACAACCCAUCAAGGCCCGCGUCUAUAGUCUCGAAGCCCUAGCCCGGUUGGCCCCCACGCGCUUCGAGGCCCGUCAUCUCUGGAAGGAGUCACGUGCUGACGCUUUGUCUCUCCUACACCUCCGGUUGUGUUAUUUCCUCCCAUGUUAUCUCCUCUCUCUUGUUGCGGCUGUCUCCGCCAUCCAUUCCGCUCACUCCGCCGUCCACGGAAAGCGAUUCAGCCUCCUCAUAGCGGGUUCCCACAUUAGGCUGACGUGGAAACGGCCGUUGGUCACGUCGAUUUGCAUCUACGCCGUGUUUGCAUUGUACUCUCAGGUAAUCUUUUAUCUAACAGUCAUUAUGGGCACCACACCCAGGUCGGUUUUUCUAAUAUGGGUAUUCGGGUCGGUUUUCGAACUUUAUUUAAUGGCAAUUUCGGGUGUCGGGUUGGUUGCAUCCGUGUUGGAAGAUAGAAUCGGGUUCGAUGCGAUCCGUUUCGGGUCCGAUCUCAUUGAAGGGAGGAGAGCAUGCGGGUGGUUGUUAUCGGGUUGGUUUAUUUUUAUAUCGGGUUGGAUUGGGCGGGGAUGGCACAAAUUGAUAAUGGACGGACAUGAUUUGAGGAACAUGAAUUGGACGGUGAUGAUGACGAGUUGGGAGAAAAUGGGGUUAAUUUGUUUGUACGGAAUUGAGAUGCUGUGGAGUUUUACCGUCACCACAAUUUUUUACUGCGAAUGCCGAAAACGACACUCGAUCAGAACAGAAAACGACAUAGAGGAAGUUACAGCUUAA